CAGAGCGCGGGAGAGUGGGUAUCUCUCCGGUUCAGUGCCGGGCUUUUCAUAGUCUCUCAUUUCACGACGAGCGUCCGCGCCAUCGGUUCGAGUGUUUCGCGCGUUCGUCGGAAAUAAAAGCCGCGGGGGUGAAAAAAAAAAAAACGAAACGGAGAUCACCUAGCACGGACAACGCCUCGGGCAAUAGCGGUGAGAACGCGCGCGCGAGACGGAGACAGAGCGACGGGGGUAGUUUUCGCGAGUAAUUCGGGUGUUCCGCGGUGUUCGUCGUUCGCUGUGCCUGCGUGUAACGACGACGACGACGACGACGACGACGGGGUGUUACUUUCGACGACGUCCGCCGAAGGGUGCCCGGCCAGCGCGGAUAGAGUGCACGUUGAUCGGUGGAAACGCGUUUACGUAAGAACGGGACGCUCGCGGUGUGUAUGCCCUGCUCUCGUACGUUGCUCGUAUGUACCCCAAUGUGCGCGCGCGCGUGUGACGAGUACCGACAAAUACGGGAAAGCCAGACAGGAAAGAAGACGGUGUUGGUUUUCGUCGAUUCGUGAGUUCGCCGAAAAUAGUCGCUCGUUCAGCGGCGAGGAGUCGUUUCAAACGGGGGGGAUCGAAGAGAAGGUCGCGCCGUGGUAUAAUUAGCCGCGGAAUGUUACGAGAACUACACGCUUGAUGCGAAGUGUGAAGUGACAAUCGUGACGGAUACGGGUGAGGAAGCUAAAGUGCGACGAAAGAAAGCCAACGGAACGAGAGUGAUCGCGUCUAAUCGCGAGGUAGGGUCGGCCAAGUGAACGAAAUAGUGGAGAAUGGGUGAAAACUCUUUCUCGAAUGAUUUCCUCGGGAGAUCCGAAAGAUUUCUCGCUCGUUAAUGCGUCAGGCGAAGCUGGCAUCCGCGAACAGGCUACUCGGAGUGGAUAACGUUCACCGAGAACAGGACCACCGUUCGACAAUAAUAAACACGCUCGUCAUGGAGAUCACGGUGUUCUUAUUUUACGCGACGACGUUGCUCGGCAUCGUAACCAGCGAUAAGUGCGCCGAUCAGUGUUCCUGCAAGUGGAAGAGCGGGAAGCGCACGGUCGAAUGUAUAAAUCGCGCCCUGACCAACAUACCGGAGUGGGUCGAUCCCGAGACGCAAGUGCUGGACGCCAGCGGCAACGACAUUCGUACCCUGCCGAGCAACAUCUUCGUACGCGUACGCUUGACGAAUCUACAGCGUCUCUACCUACGCGAGUGCCGUAUCGACCGAAUCGAUAGCGAGGCACUGGCGGGCCUUACGAAUCUCGUGGAGCUCGAUUUAAGUCACAACCUGUUAACCGUAGUCCCCGAUGCCAGUUUCUCGGACACUGUGUUUCUCAGGGACCUCGUGCUCGCGAACAAUCCGCUCCGGAAGAUCCACUCGUUCGCCUUCAAGAAUACUCCGAACUUGGUCAAGCUGGAUCUCUCGCACACGCAGCUCGUGGAGAUCGAGGCGAAGGGUUUCCGCGGUCUGGAGCUGCUCGAGAGCCUCAAGCUGAACAACAAUCAGCUGUCGACGCUACACCCGGGCACCUUCGAGCCCCUGAACAAGCUCACCAGCAUAGAGCUCCACGAGAAUCCCUGGAUCUGCGAUUGUCAUCUGCGCGAGAUGAAGAUGUGGCUGGUGAAGCACAAUCUCCCAACUCUUAUAGCGCCCCAGUGCCACGGGCCGAAACAGUUGCUGAACCGAACCUUCACCGACCUGGGUAUAGACGACUUCGCCUGUCGUCCCAUCCUCCUCAUCGCGAGUCGUUACGCCGAGGCGACGAUAGGCGAGAACGCCAGCAUCGUGUGUCGAGUGAGCGCGAUACCACCCGCCAAGGUAAAGUGGUACUGGAACGGUAGGCUGCUGGCCAACCAUUCGGCGUUCAGUAGCUACCAGAAGAUCUUGAUCUUCGAGGAGGGUCAGUUCCGAAAACGUAGCACCCUGGUGCUCACCAACGCCCAGGAAACAGAUUCGAGCGAGUUUUACUGCGUGGCGGAGAAUCGCGCGGGCAGCGUCGAGGCGAACUUCACCCUUCACGUGUCCUUGAGAACCGCUGGAAUGUCCACGCUCGGCUCGGGCCAGAUCGCGGGUAUAUCAGCCGCGUUGGUCGUCUUGAUCCUCUUCAUUCUCCUCAUCAUCCUCGUAUUGUUCAUACGUCUGAGAAGAAUGCCCUUGAAGGACGUGAAAUCCGCCGUUCCCGCGGAGGGCGUAUCCGCCGAUGGCGGGAACAACGACACCCCAGCGUCCGCGACCUCGACCAUUCGCAGAAAACACGAGGAGAUCGAGACGACGUCGUUCGGGGUGGAAUCUAAACCUUCCGCGUGUAAUCCACCGGGGUGGAAUCUGAACCUCAGCUACGUUCAGAGACCGCAGCCAGCGUCCUUGCAGACGGAGAACGAGUACGGUAGCAUAGGUCGUUUCGACGAUCAGAGUCAACAGUCCUCGGUGAUGGUCGCGCCCGGGGCAUGUUUCUCGUCCACCACGUCGUUGAUGCCCAUCGAAAAUCCCGAUCUGAUCAGGGACACGCGCAGGGGCUCCGCGGAGGACAUCACGCCGUACGGCGGUGCGGAUUACAGUCGCAUGGAGAUGGUGGACGACGCGAAGAUCCUCUACUCGAGUUGCAUGUGGGAGGCGAGGGACGCGUCCAGGACAUCGGUGUCGGUCAGCACGUACCCCUCGAAGGAGGCACUGGCCGUGGUGGCGCCAAUUGCCGAGCAAUUCCCGCCUGGCGCCAAGCAGAUAAGAGUUUGGCAGAAGGGAGUGCCGGUUUUGCCGCCCGUGUCAGCGUUGAAACGCGUCCUGGGCUCGACGCGCAGUUCCCCCGACGAGGGAUACCAGGAAGGAACGGGAACCGACGUCUAGGUACCGCUGCUUCAUUACUGCGACGCCCGGCACCGUUAUCUGGAGCUUCGUAGACGCCACCAGGACGACACCGACUGUUGAGUUAAGAGACAUCCUGUCCAGUGCCGGACGAGCGGUAGUGAACGAUAUUUCGAUGACACUUGACUCGCGAGGAAUACGUCGCGUUGACUGAUCCCGGGCCACGGAUGUCGAUCCGUCGCGUGGAUCGCGUAUACAUAAACAUACAUUAUAUAUAUACAUAUACAUAAUACUGACAUGGAUAUAUAUAUAUAGAGAGAGAGAGAAAGAGAGAGAGAAAGAGAGAGAGAGAGAGAGAGAGUGAGUGAUUGUUGAUACGGUUCGAGAUAUACCAUACGCGGGUUAUGUACAGGACCUACACCGUGUGCAUACGUACAUAAGGGAAUGGGAAGUCGUCGAGCCGACACAGGGUGGAAAUGAACGUCCACUUGUCGCGAGAUUUACCGUACGGUGGUCGAUGAAAUAGUUGAACGUGUCGUCGUGACUAAUGCACGGAACACAUAAAACGAAGAAUCUGUCGGGGGUGCGAUCGAUGAGACCGAAUUGCCAUCCGCCAGCUCGAGGAAUAAUGCUCGUACGCGAUUAUUAGAGGCGUUCACAUGUGCACGACGUACGAGGGAUCCAACGUUCUAACGACCGGAAGCGAUGACGCGCUACGGUAGAGGAGCUACGGUCGUCGUUCGGUGGUCUCGCAGCACAAUAUUGACGGAAUGAAGUUUCAUCCAGCUGGAAGUUUUCACGAUUGGCGUGGCAGUCGAUAUGUUAACGAUCGAGAAUCGACUCGUCGGAACGGAAACGUUGAGGCACAAUCAACCACGGACAGAUGCUUAUCACGUUCUUUGGAAUCUCGUCCCUGUUGAAUGCCUACCGCACCGUAUUAAGCCGAUGGCGUCGGAAAUAGAAUUUCAUGACUAUUUGUUGGCGACGUUUGGACGUUCCAAUGGGAGAGUCAGGAUAUCAGGCCCGUGCCACGGAAUACAGUGCAGCUGUAUAAAAGACGUCCCUGUAAAUUGUGGCGUAAAUUGAAAAUGUUUUGAAGGUGGAAAGUGUUUGCUUUUCAGCGAACAUUUCAACGGCGUGGUUGGCUCUUCGAAUUUCUGCGAAAUUUCACUUCGCCCUUUAUUCCCUGAUUGUUAUGUGGGGCGGGCCACCAUGGCUUAGCAAUUUAAAUAACCGUUGCGUUUUUGUUAUUAGAAAGAAGCGAGGGGAAGCGGGUUCUCUGGAACGAAUCGAGUAUCAAGACGACUUUUUAGGGUCAUCGAAUAUAUAACGAAUAAAUAUAGAAUGAAAACUCGGUACCUAUCCUUUUCAUUUCAAGAAUUCUAUUCGA